AUGUUUUCCUAUAAAGCCCUUUCUUACCUUUCAGACCCAAAAUCCCAUGGCUCCUACAGAUUCCUGGCUCCAUGGAUUGGGUACGGCUUGCUCCUGUUGAAUGGGCAGACAUGGUUCCAGCAUCGACGGAUGCUGACCCCAGCCUUCCACUAUGACAUCCUGAAGCCCUACGUGGGGCUCAUGGCAGACUCUGUACGAGUGAUGCUGGACAAAUGGGAAAAGCUCCUUGGCCAGGAUUCCCCACUGGAGGUCUUUCAGCACGUCUCCUUGAUGACCCUGGAAACCAUCAUGAAGUGUGCCUUCAGCCAUCAGGGCAGCAUCCAGGUGGACAGGAAUUCUCAGUCCUACAUCCAGGCCAUUAGUGACCUGAACAACCUGGUUUUUUCCCGUGUGAGGAAUGCCUUUCACCAGAAUGACACCAUCUACAGCCUGACCUCUGCUGGCCGCUGGACACACCGCGCCUGCCAGCUGGCCCAUCAGCACACAGACCAAGUGAUCCAACUGAGGAAGGCUCAACUACAGAAGGAGGGGGAGCUGGAGAAGGUCAAGAGGAAGAGGCACUUGGAUUUUCUGGACAUCCUCCUCUUGGCCAAAAUGGAGAAUGGGAGCAUCUUGUCAGACAAGGACCUCCGUGCUGAGGUGGACACGUUCAUGUUCGAGGGCCAUGACACCACAGCCAGUGGGAUCUCCUGGAUCCUCUAUGCUCUGGCCACACACCCCAAGCAUCAGGAGAGGUGUCGGGAGGAGAUCCAUGGCCUCCUGGGUGAUGGAGCCCCCAUCACCUGGAACCACCUGGACCAGAUGCCCUACACCACCAUGUGCAUUAAGGAGGCACUGAGACUCUACCCACCGGUGCCAGGCAUUGGCAGAGAGCUCAGCACUCCUGUCACCUUCCCUGAUGGGCGUUCCUUGCCCAAAGGUAUCAUGGUCUUGCUCUCCAUUUAUGGCCUUCACCACAACCCAAAAGUGUGGCCCAACCCAGAGGUGUUUGACCCUUCCCGUUUUGCACCGGGUUCUGCUCAACACAGCCAUGCUUUCCUGCCCUUCUCAGGAGGAUCAAGGUGA